GACACAUGGACCCACUCGCUACAAAAUAUCAAACUAAUCAACAAAAAGACAACACGACUUGGUAUCAUUAUGUCACCCAUACGUUUUUUGGAGAAAAUUAUUCUGAUCAUUGUGCUGUGGGGUCUUUGCAGUUUGAUAUCUCUGGAGGGUUUGCCAGUAAGCAAGAGGUCAAUCAGUGAAGUUCAGCUCAUGCACAAUGUUCGUGAGCACAAGCAGGUGUUAAACAGACAAGACUGGCUUCAGCUGAAACUCAACAACAUUCUCAUACCUUCCCUGAACGACUCCCAAAAGGAGCAAAAAGGAAAACAUGACGGCUCAUCCAUCAGACGUUUAAGAAAGGGGGAGAGUGCCUCUUGGAUCUGACAGAACUGUGCACUUAAAAAAUACGGAUUAAGAAAAUAAUGAAAAGUGUUCAACGUCAGUGCAGGAAGAGGACACAGUAAGUGUCAAUUAAAAAUUGUGCUGUAUUUGGAAAGCACACUGUCUUUUUUUAUUUAUUUUCAACAUUUUAUUUAUUUUCUCAAUUAUUUAUUUUAAUAUUAAAAUAUUUUAUGUGCAAAUCAUGUGUAGGACAUACUGUAAAAAGACAUACUUGUUUUCUUUUGUGUGGAAAGAACUCUUGAGCAUUUUUACUCAAAAUGUAUUUUCAUGAGACCCAGUUUCAGAUUUUCAGAAACUUAAAAUGUAUUUUUAAUAAUGUACCUUUUUUAAUUACAUUUUUGGACAACCAACAAUUGUAUUAAAAUACAAAAAUGUGGAACAACGUAUCUUUUUCACUAUGUGCAGGCUUCUUUCU